AGAAGUUAACAAAGAGAAAAAGAAGAAAACAAAAACUUAGGAAGAAGGAUUGCAUGUGUUUUAGCUGUCGUCUAUCUAUGGUCGCCUGUUGCUGGACCAGACCAUUGAAGGGAACAGGAAAAUGGCAGAAAACAGCCGCGGACCGCUGGCUCGGACGGUGCUACAGCAGUGUUUACACGCCCGACUGCAGGUCCAGGAAGCGAAUGAGCACUCUGAAGCUCAGUUCGUCCAGAUUGACAGAGGAAUGGUGAUCUACAUAUGUUUCUUCAAAGGUGCUACAGAGGACAUUUUGCCCAAGAUGGUGUCCACGCUGCUCAACCUGCGGCUGUGCGAGAUGCCUUGUGGAAAACGGGCCUCGGUGUUGGAACUUCCUGGAAGCCUGCUAAUCGUCCCUCAGGCCACGCUGGGUGGAAGAGCGAAAGGCAAAGCCAUGCAGUACCACAAUAACAUAAGCAAAGAGGAUGGGCUGCAGCUCUACCACUCAUUUGUCUCACUGUGUGAGAAAGAAUUGAAAGCUGCCGCUGAUGUAACAGGGAAAGAAGUGGAGGUGACCGUGAAGCAUGGGACAUAUGGAAACAGACAAGUACUUAUGCUGGACACUAAUGGACCCUACACACACAUGGUAGAGUUUUGAUUAUCAGCAAAACCAGAAAGACUAACGUUCAUAGAUAUAAAAUAAUAUACAUUCAGGAUUGAUACAUAUAAAUAUGAAUGUAUGUGAUUCCAUUAAUUAAUGAACUAAAAAAUAUUUGACUGUGCAAAGAUUUGUUCACUCCAGGGCUUUAAGUAAUUCCUACUCUAGUAAUUGAUUUACAGGUUAAUCAUUUCUUUAAUAAAUCAAUUAAGCUGACAGAAAUAUAUAUAAAAAAUGUUUUUGAGCCUCUUACUUCAUAGUUAUUUUAUGGUGGCAAUAUUCAUAUUGUUUAGUUUCCCACAAGAGUUACUUAAUGCCAUGGAAUCAGUUGCAAAAUACUAAAAGCAGAAAGGUCUUCCGUGUUUUGUGUAAGCUAUACUACUUAAUGAGUUUGUAGCACCAUUUGAAUUUCCUUUUUUUAACUGGUGUGUUAAUGAAGACGGUUCAGGAUAUAUUUCUCUUACUUUAACUAAAUCACAAAAAUCUGAAAGUCUAUUUA